UCUUUUACUCUAUGCAAUAGAAAUUCAAGCAAGUGGAUUAUUACACGAACGGUAUCCACCAAGGGCAAGGAAAUUCCUUUGCAAUAAACAAUAGCCGACUCGUCUUCCAUGUCUUUGGCCGCCGCCAUCGAGCAAGGUCAGUCCCGCUGCGGCAGCAGCUGCGGAGACUAAGGCGGGGGGGGAACCGUCUCUCCCGCCCUUCCUUCUUGCUUGGAGCGCGGCAGCUGCAACGCCAAGCAGGCUGAUCCGGCCAUUGGCGCUGUUGAACUCAACCUAAAGGAGCCGUCCUUCCGCCUCCUUCCUUGCUCAACCGCUGAAAUCGCUGUCCAUACGUGCCGCGGUGCUGAACUCGACACACACUCUCUCUCUCUGUCUCUGUACCGCGAGGAGCUGUCCAACGCCUCCUGGGUGCUGAAACCGGAUUCCUUUCCGACAUCUUUCCGGGGAGAAGACUAGACUUAGGGGCGUAAGUAGAGCUCUCUCUGGGCCCCACGGCGAACCUCUCAGAUGAGCCCCACAACAAUGGGAAGCGAGCCUAUGCCGGUGCCUAGGCCUUCCGUCCCAUAAGAUACACAGGGGACAGAAACAGCAGCGGUAGCAGCAGUAGCUGGAAGCGUUCUUGAGGAAAGGCGGGGUGGGGGUGGGGGUGGAGAUCGAUGACAACCAGAACGGAGCUGCAAAAAUCUGGCCAACCUUUAGAGGACAGCAAAGAAAUGCAGCUUUCUACCUACCUUUUUGCUGCCAUCUAAUGGUCGCCCUAAUAGGCGAGCGCUGAGGGGUUGGGUGUUUUUUUUUUUUUUUUUUGGCCACUCUCGCCUGCAACCCGCUUUCACCUGCUGUGCCGCCCCCACCCAUCGUGCCGCCCCAAGCAAAUGCCUGAGCUCCUCUAUGGGCACGCGCUGGCCCCGCAGCGGACCGCAGAGGUUCCCCGGCCCGCCACCAUUGCCUCGACGAUAUAUGCGCCAUUGAAAGCAGAGACGGGCUGCGCGUUGGAAUAUGGGUCGAAAAGGUGGCGGCAAGAGCAGCGAGAAGCCUGACCGUAGCUCGCCGCCUUCGUGUUGAUCGCUUCCAUCCUCCCUACUCCGCCGUCUGCACACAAAGCAGCCGCAGCAAUGGAAGAAGAGCUGAAAUGCCCCGUCUGCGGUUCUCUCUUCCGGGAGCCCAUCAUCUUACCCUGCUCGCACAAUGUCUGCCUGCCCUGCGCCCGCACCAUCGCUGUGCAAACGCCGGAGUCCGAGCAGCAUCUGCCCGCCAUGCUGCACCCUCGGGGCCCUGCGGCAGCGGCAAUGCCAGGCGCUGGAGCUACAAGCGGCCCGGCUUCUCUGGACUACGAGUGCGGCGCCGGCGGAAGCAGUGGGACCGUCGGCGGCGGUGGCGGAGACCACGCCGACAAAGUGAGCUUGCACAGCGAGACGGACAGCGGCUACGGCUCCUACACCCCGAGCCUGAAAUCUCCUAACGGGGUGCGAGUUUUGCCCCUGGUACCGCCGCCUCCGGGAUUGUCGGCCGCGGCGGCUUUGGCCGGGCCCCGCGGGAGCGGAACCAGCUCCUCGCUCACCUGCCCGCAAUGCCAUCGCAGCGCUUCCCUGGAUCCUCGCGGCCUGCGCGGCUUCCAGCGCAACCGCCUCUUGGAGGCCAUCGUGCAUCGCUACCAGCAGAGCCGGGCCGCCGCUUCGGCUACGGCCAAAUGCCAACUGUGCGACCGCAGCCCUCCGGAGGCGGCCGCGGUGCUGUGCGAACAGUGCGAGGUGCUCUAUUGCUCGGCUUGCCAGGUCAAAUGUCACCCGUCCCGCGGGCCUUUCGCCAAACACCGCUUGGUUCCACCCCCCAGCCAGCAGCAGAGCGCCCCUAGCGGCGUGGGCGGGGCGUGCGGCGGAGGAAGUAAAGGCCCGGGCCUUGCCCGCAAGUCCCCAACGUGCGCGGAUCAUGAGCUGGAGAACUACAGCAUGUACUGCGUGACCUGCCGGACCCCCGUUUGUUAUCAAUGUCUGGAAGAAGGAAAACACUCCAAGCAUGAUGUGAAAGCCCUGGGAGCCAUGUGGAAACAACACAAGGCACAACUGUCCCAGGCUUUGAACGGCAUUUCAGACAAAGCAAAAGAAGCAAAAGAAUUUUUGGUGCAACUGAAAAAUAUUUUACAGCAGAUACAGGAAAAUGGCUUGGACUAUGAAGCUUGUCUGGUUGCUCAGUGUGAUGCUUUAGUUGAUGCUUUGACUCGCCAAAAGGCCAAACUGCUCACAAAAGUUACCAAAGAGCGUGAGCACAAGCUAAAGGUUGUAUGGGAUCAGAUAAACCACUGCACUCUGAAACUGCGGCAGUCAACAGGACUUAUGGAAUAUUGCCUAGAAGUAAUCAAAGAAAACGAUCCUUCUGGUUUCUUACAGAUUUCAGAUGCUUUAAUCAAACGUGUUCAAGUAUCUCAGGAGCAGUGGGUCAAAGGAGCCCUGGAACCAAAAGUAUCUGCUGAAUUCGAUCUGACAUUGGAUAGUGAACCAUUGCUGCAGUCAAUCCAUCAGCUGGACUUCAUUCAGAUGAAAUGUAGGGUUCCUCUUUCAGUACCCCCAGUGCCACUCCUGCAGCUGGAGAAAUGCUGUACUCGAAACAACAGUGUGACACUUGCCUGGCGGAUGCCGCCCUUUAGCCACAACCCAGUGGAGGGAUACAUCUUGGAGCUUGAUGAUGGAGAUGGUGGCCAGUUUCGAGAAGUAUAUGUGGGCAAGGAAACCUUGUGUACAAUUGAUGGUCUUCAUUUCAAUAGUACCUACAAUGCAAGAGUGAAAGCCUUUAAUUCAUCCGGGGUAGGCCCUUAUAGCAAGACUGUUGUUUUACAAACUUCUGAUGUGGCUUGGUUUACAUUUGAUCCCUGUUCAGCCCAUAGAGACAUAGUCCUUUCAAAUGACAACCAGACUGCUACCUGCAGUAGCUAUGAUGAUCGUGUGAUUCUGGGCACUGCAGCUUUCUCAAAGGGAGUCCACUAUUGGGAGCUGCAUGUGGACCGUUAUGAUAACCAUCCGGAUCCAGCCUUUGGGAUUGCUAGAAUCAAUGUGGUCAAGGACAUGAUGCUGGGGAAGGAUGACAAAGCCUGGGCAAUGUAUGUUGACAACAAUCGCAGUUGGUUCAUGCAUUGCAACUCCCAUACUAAUCGGACAGAAGGAGGUGUUUCAAAAGGUGCAACUGUAGGUGUUCUUCUGGAUCUCAACAAGCACUCCUUAACAUUUUACAUAAAUGGGCAGCAGCAGGGCCCUCCAGCAUUUGAGAACGUGGAGGGUGUUUUCAUGCCUGCAUUAAGUCUCAACCGAAAUGUUCAGGUGACUCUACACACAGGUCUGGAGGUACCUCAGACUGUAAGACCACCAAAGCUGCCAACCAACUGAGUUCCUGCUACUUAUAUCUCAGCUAGAUUUUAUAAUCUUUCUAAAUGAUCAGUUUUAAAAUAACACACUCAUAGUUGAAAUCAAAAUAAUGAUGGUUAGAUUUAGGGGUGUUUGCGGGGAGAUUAAAGCAGCCAAGAUGGCCUCUGUGACCUACUUCUUUUUUACAUGCAUUAAUACACAUAAAAAGGAGUGGGUUUCAAAUCCACUGUUCCAGAUGCCCUCUUGACUUUAUUUUAACCUAACCUGUGGAUACCCCUGUUUAAAUAACUCAGUGAUUUCCUUCUUAGUUCUACAUGCCUUUUAAAUUUUUAUAUUGUUUCAAGAGUGCUUAUACCACCGAACUGCCUGUGCAUUUUGGCUUUAUCCUUGUGUGAAAGCUUACCAACUGCCCUCUAAAGGUAAUCAUACAAGUGGACGCUACAGUUUCAUUUUCUUUUCACACAUCGAUUCUGUUUUCGUACAGCAAAAGAGAGAGAAAUCAACAGUAUACACAUGCUGUUGAUUAUAGCGGGAAUUAAUCAUCUUUAAUCUUCUCUGGAUCACAUUUGUUCUGGGCACGUUUUGCUUGAUCCCGAUCUGUGGCUAUGGUAUAUUGACAUAGAGGAUUAUAGCUGUAUCCUUUAUGGCCUGAUUGCUUGAAGGAAUUUCAGUAUGGUAGAGGCUGCUGUCUUUGUGCAGAUGUUUGGAUUAAGUGAUAUCUAGAUCACUUUUAUUCCAAAGAUUUGGGCAUAGCAGAAUAAAAAUAGAGUGGAUUGGGUUCAGUAGCAUCAUUAUCAUUCCUUCUACUGUAAGGAUUAAACUUCUAACGCAAUAUAUACAGUACUGCAAAUCUCCAAAUGUUUAAUCCAGAUCAUUGUAGCUUUCUCUUUGAAUAUCUGUUCUGAUAACUCUGCCUUCAACACAAAGCUCAUACUGUGCUGCUGUAUUUGUGUGUGUUGACUUUGCGCUGACUUUGAGUGCCAUAUUGUAAUCACAUAAUUUUUAGACAGAGCAGAUGUUUAGAAGAAACCAAAGAUCCAUUCAUAUAUGGGGAUAUGAAGCACAGGAAGCUCAGAAUCCAUAUCUAUACAAAGAUGACACAUUAACGUUUUGAUGAACUCACAUUUUCCUUCUUUGCCUUGUUGUCAUUAUUCCAUUUGAAUUCAUGUGGCAAAAGGAACUUCAGCUUGUACUCCUAUAUACUUCUACUAGUCUGUGUGAAUGCAAAUCUUACACUUGCAAGGUUAACAUGUGAUCAAGGGUAACUAAUCUCUUCUUUCUGGAAACAAGUUGGAAGUUAUUAAUACAUCCCUAACAACUAUCUUAGCCUUUUCAACAAUUAACCAAUUAUUUCAUUCUAAACUUGCCAAUUUUAAUUAUUUCUCCCAAGAUCUACGACCAAAGCAGUUAUUAGGAAUAUACUUAAUGUUCAGAAAUGAACAGCACUUAAUCAAAUAGAAAAUUUUACAUUUGCUUUAGCUCUGUAUUCAACAGUAUUAAGUUAAAAGUUAAACAUGUGUUUAAAUAUUUGUUAGCUUUUCCUUAUGCCAGCCAAAUGAAAUUUAAUGGAUUUAGCAAGCCAGUAGCAUGAGGAGGAAAAAUCAAAUCUUUUUCUCUCUCUGAGCUGGUUUGAUGUACCUUUCCUAGUAGAAGUGAGAAAUUAGCACAGACUGACCAGUGCACAAUUUCUGGUUUAUAUUAAACUAGAGUUCCCUGUUCAUCCUCAGUUAAAGCAAAGAAAAGUCAGGAUUUUCAUUAAUUGGUUUGGUUUCCCAAUUUGGAAAUUAACAAGUUCAUGGAUCCUAUUAGCUUAUUAAUAAUUAUCCUUCAUAUAAUGCUAUUCAGAUCUGUUCAUGAUCUGAAAAGUUCAUGGAUCCUAUUAGCUUAUUAAUAAUUAUCCUUCAUAUAAUGCUAUUCAGAUCUGUUUCUUGUUAAGAAGAUACAAGCGCACAUCCGAAUUUGUCAAACAGUACAUCAAGUAUGAAAAAGCUUUAGAUGGCUGAAUUUGUACUAUUUCACAACCCUAAAGAAUGCUUCCCCACGUAAUAUAUUCCUCAUACACAGAAAGCCAGCAGGAUCAAUUAAAAAGUUGGUCUAGUUAGAACCUUUUUCCUGAGCUGCUGUUUCAUAAACUGUAUAUAAGGAAUAUUCUCCAUAGAGAAUCAUUUUCUUACCUGGACCUGAGUGGUACAGCCCAAAUUAUGGCAUAAGAGGAUUCUACUUAACUGAUUUGGACCCAAUCAUUUUUUAAAAUCCAAAUCAAAUGCUCUGUCUUGUUUGAAAUUUUAAUAAUGGGGCAGAUCUCACCAUAUGACAUUUGAGGUCGUGUUGCUAUGACAACCUAUGAUAAAGUUGGAAGUGCAUCUAGAUCAGCUUUUCACAAUCAAAGAAAUUAGGCAGAUCAUCAAAGUUCUACAUACAUAUUUGGCUCCUAAUCGUUAUUCUUAAUUAAGUCCAUGUGCUGAAGUUAUGUCUGUGUUUCUUCAUUUUGAGGUGGAGAUGAUCUACUUGUGACUUUAUGAUCAUCAUGCGUACAUCAGCAAUAGGUUCUGAAGGCUUGGUGCCAUACAGCUGUUAUAAUGCUUUUUAUGUGAAUUAAUCAAAAUUCUUCCAUAAUAUAAAAGCUGGCAGUUGGAAUUCAAACAUUCCUUCUGCCUAUAUCCUGGGGAAUUGCUUUGGCAGUGAUAUGUACUUGGAAAAGGAUUAUAUAAAAAGAGGGAGGAUAUUAGGAUAAUUAUGCAAUAUCUGUACUAUUUUUUCCAGCUUGUUCCCAAUAAAUCAAGAAACACUAGACGAAGAAAAUUUUUAUACUGGGACGAGCAAAUGAAAUUGGAAUGAUUUUUUUCCCUUUUAAUUUCAAAACUCUUUUAGGGAAAAUGCUUUCUAUUGCAGGAAAGAAUAUUCAAAUUAAUCUGUCUUGUAUGGGCUGGAGGUACUUUCUUAUAAAGUACAGAAAUGGUUCUCUGAGUGUUUUAAUUGUUAAAUAAUGAUAUGAUGAGACAUUUAAAGUAGCAAAUGACAAAUGCUCUGAUUUUUUUCAUGCUUAAAAUGUGUCCUAUUUUUGUCCAGGAUUUUAAAAUUAUUAAUAUUUAGUAGAGUCAGCUUCAGGCCUACCUCAACAACUUCACAUAUUAUGGACCUUGUUCACUGUGAACAUACCUUGUAUAAACCCAGGCUUAGUAGGAAGAACAGUGAUAUUUGAAGUACUUUUCUCUAGGCAGGGAACCCAUUCUGCCUCUAUGAACCCCAAAUCAUUCGUUGUACUAAGCCAUAAUGUGGCUUAGCUAAACACAUUGUGUGAAUCCAGACAACUUUAGCUUGUUGAAUAAACCAUGGAUUCCAUGGUUAAGCUAUUCCCAGUUUAUAUGCAUGUGCACCUGCAACACACACACACACACACACACACACACACACUUGCCACAAUCUUAUUGAUGGUGAUCAGAUAUAAUAAAAAUAAUUCAAAAUCACUGGUGGAUUUAGUAGUAAUUAGUAGAAUAUUACAGUUUAGCAUGGCAUGGCUUAUUAUGCUAGGUAUUAAUAAGCAGUUAACAUUCCUUAUUUGGGGGGUAAAGCCAAAUUCUUUUGAAAUAUUAUGAAUUUUUCUUCAAUCAAUGCCCAGCAAUCUGAAUACUUAGCAAUCAUUUUUAUAAUCCUGCUAUAGAAUUUUUUUGUUUAUGUUUUGUUUAUGUUUAUGUUAUUUAUUUUUUUUAUAUAACUUCAUGUUGUUUGUACUUGCACUAUGUUUUUCUUGGAGGUACUGAAAAAAGCAGAGAAAAUGCGAACCUUGGAUAUUGGAAUUCUCCGUUCUUGUUCAGAAAUAAAUGAAUCAUGCAUUUCUGUGCUUUCUCUCAUGAUGAUUCAAAGAGAGAAUCCAAGUGGGAGAAAUUCUGAGCCAUCUUUUUAUCCAAACCAAGGACCAUUUUACUAACAACUUCGCAGAUGCUGUAUGUAUGAUCGAUCACACAAUGACAUACAGCAAUUCUCUGACGACAUGCUGCUUUCAAAUAUCAGUUGACUUAUUUUAUAUUGUGUAGAGAAGAUCUACCAUAAUCUUAGAUGGCUCUAAAACAACAUAGGAAGAAAUUCUUAAAACAGAGCAGUUAGAACAAACCAGCCUGAGAUUACCAGAUAAUGCAUGUUACCUUGGAUGCUUGAAACAUUAUACAAAUCUCAAUUAUGAUUGUUGAUGUUUUUAUUAAAUCUACCUCUCCCAGCUAUAUUCAGAUAUCUUUCAGCAGAAUAGGAAACAGCUGAUUUAUGUAGCUAAUAAAACUUUAAAGUUUUUUUCCUCUUAAAGCAAUCAAUAUCAUGUGGUAUAUAUACAAAAUAAUACAG